AUGGAUGCUUUGAGAAAAAAAAUUCAAGACCUUCAAGAGGAUGUUUUUUCCAAAAGGUAUUGACUGAUCAAUCAUUGGUUGUUUCUAUUUUUCUAGACUGUUCACAGUCUCCUAUUUUUCCGUAAGAUAUAUAUCGCCAAGAUCCAGCGCUUUGCGUUUCGAGCUGCCAUGGGUGAUACUCGGUACACAUGAAACCAAGUUGGCCGCCCGUACAGGCAACUCUCGAUCCUGACGGUCUUACACAAAAAAAUAGGGGACUGUGAACAGUCCGAAUCUACAGUACUAGAUUCCAGCCAUGUUUGAACCAGUUGCAAAUAAGUGGGACGCGAGUUGCUGUUAAAGGGAACGUUGCUGUCAACAUUGGGGGGUAUAAUAAUGAUCAUGUUGUUACCAACAAUUACUUUACACAGGAUGAUGGUUGAGGAACUCACCCGACAAAAAGAGGCGGAAGAAAGACGCGUUCUGCUUAAAAACGUUCGAAUGGAACUAAUGACCAAAGUGGAACAGAUUGAGCUAAAGUUACAGAGAAAACUACAACACCGUCAAACGGUGUUGACUGAGUUAAUGUGAGUAUCUUAAAGAAUCCCGUUAAGUACAAUGCAUGAAGUUCAUUGUCUGACUCAUGGCGUUAAGCGAUUUCCCGACCCUUUAAAGUUUCUUUUACACUGUUUCAUGAGAUUUGUUAAACUGAGCCAAGUCUUUAAUUAAUUAGACGAGCUGCAGUUUUCUAUCAAGAACUAAGAGUAAAACACGACGCACAGCCGAGCGUUUUGAUCAGGACUUGUUGAUAAAACCGAAUAGAUAGAUAACUGCAAGUUUUAAUUAAUUGUCCAGCUUCAGAACUUUCCUCGAUCGUAGAUCUGUUCACGAGUCUGAUUAUUUUCCGGAAAACAUAGGAGCGAAAAGCAAGGUCCUUAAGUUGUCUUGGUUUUAUCAGAUAGAAAAAAAAAACACCGACACGCUAUUAGUUUUCUCUUCUUUUGUUAGUUCUUUAACGUGAGUAAAGUUCUAAAUGGAUAUUUAUGGCAACCCAAAAAUACUGUCCUUUCCUUAUUGUUAUUUAUUUAUUUAUUUUAAAUUUUUUUUUCACAGCCAACUCAAUCUUGGAAGAUUGGUGCAACAAAAGAAACUAGAAGCAGUACAAAGAGAAGCAACAUCCUUCAUGGAGGAACUGUCAAGAAAUGAAAAAAGAGCAAGAGCAUGGAAGGAAAAUCUGCGUCGUGUCGGUUCAGAGAGCAACAUACACACUGUCGUAUUACAGCCGCGGCUGGUGUCUUAUGCUGUCUGA